AUGAACGGAUUUCAGCAUCACGAUCUGAAUCGCAACGGCGCAUGGGACAGGGCUGUCGAGCAAUGGGGAGAACACGAUCACUCUGAUGAUCUACCAGAAUCGGAGUAUCGCCUGCGAGAUGAACGGCGCAUAGCGCUCAACACGGAGCUCCUGCGCAAUGAGCAGGCGAAUCUGGGAUUUGCUGGCGAGCAGCAGCAGCUUGGUGUCUUCGGCGACGAUGCAGCCUUGCCGUACCACGACACUCAAAACCUCGCAGCACGUCGCAGAGCAAGAAGAGACUCAUCGGGCUUCAGCCCACAGCUCCAGCCGGCCCAAGAAUACAUGAGCCAGCCGAGUCCAUUCACCCUCGAUGCCAAUCUCACCGAGUGCAGCUUCAUGCUGCAGUAUCCAAGCGGAAAUGCCACAAUCUCCUUUUACAACGACCGCGGCCAGCUCGAAACCAUACCAAAUGUCAACAUCCAGCUCAUUGAAGACCGCUGUCCCAUCCUCGCCAUGGCGUUUGAAGAAUCCAGAUCGGGACCUCAGCUCUUCCUCGAAACCGUCACGUCACAAUCAGCAUGGCCAUUUUUGCGCUUCCUGUAUUCAGGUACCUAUGCGCUAAACGGUGGCUUCGCGAGCGACGUCUGGUGGGAAGAUGUACCCACCUCCGUCCUUGCGCAUUGUCAGCUCUACCGACUCGGCGACAUCUACGACUUACCGGAGCUCAAGACGCGAGCGUAUGUCAAUGUCGUAAGACAGUGCGAGUUCGGCUGCUCGUCACCAAACAAGCCUAUCGAUCUCUGCGCUGCCAUCGAGUACAUCUAUGAGCACCUUCGGCAGCACGAGUCGGUGGUCGACACACUGAUCAACUACUGCAUCAGUUGCUUCCUGUCGCACAACCUGGAAAGGGAUCCAGAUUUCCAGAAGCUUGGAUUCGAACUGCGGCCGUUCCAUCAGGAUUUGUGCAAGAAUGUUAUGGAUCGUGGGUUUGAGGACGAGACUGCUGCCGCAAUCAUCCAGAUGCCUUUCAAGCCACACAGACCGGACACAUAUGCUUCAAGAAACGACAUUGAAGUGGAUGUCGUCUACCAGUUCCACGGCGACGACCGCUUCGAGCGCCAACCGGUCGAGAUGAAGAGAAGGAAGCUCGAGCAGCCAGAGAAUAACCCAGUGAAGAUGCCUCUGCGAGUGAUCAAUACCACGAGCGAGCCUUGGGAGGAUGUCUCGGACAAUAAUCCCAGGACGGUCGAUGGCUCCAAGGGCAAGACGCACGGCGAUCACGACUGGAACGCGUUUUCUUCCCAAUUCGAGAUGGUACGCCAUCACCAAGCGAUGCUGGCAGACAGGACAGAGUAUCUGCGGUUGCGCGGUAUAACGGCAGAGCCUAAGGAGGCACAGCCAGACGAGGAAGCCAAGGCCAUCGAUGACUCCAAGAACAGAGUGUUCGUGGGCGACGACGGCAGCGAGUCCUCUUCUGAGAGGGAGCGGGUACUCCACCAGGCGAUUCUGGCAAGCAGAGCGGAGGCUGAAGCAUUCCCCACUCGGACGAACGCGGCAGAGUUCGAGACGGUGGACUUGUCAGAUCAUGACAAAGGAUCCGAUAGCGAUAGCGACUCCAGCGGCUUCAUCAAGGUCAAGCGCGAAGACGCCGACGUGAACCAGAACCAGCACCAGCUACCCAUCCGCAGUCAAGGACCGGUACCUAGCUCGAUCGAUGCUCAGGACGAGGGUGGAAGUGGUUCGGAUUCUGAAUGGACUAUGCUGUAG